GAAAGAUGGCGGCAGCGGCGGCAGCUGGGGCGGCUUCUGGGCUGCCGGGUCCAGUGGCACAGGGAUUGAAGGAGGCGUUGGUGGAUACCCUCACCGGGAUCCUGUCCCCUGUGCAGGAGGUGCGGGCGGCUGCAGAGGAGCAGAUUAAGGUGCUGGAGGUGACAGAGGAAUUUGGUGUUCACCUGGCAGAGUUGACUGUAGAUCCUCAGGGGGCACUGGCAAUCCGUCAGCUGGCGUCAGUCAUCUUGAAACAGUAUGUGGAAACUCACUGGUGUGCCCAAUCAGAGAAGUUCAGAGCUCCGGAAACUACAGAAAGGGCAAAGAUUGUUAUCCGGGAGCUACUACCCAACGGGUUGAGAGAAUCAAUAAGCAAAGUGCGCUCCAGUGUGGCCUAUGCUGUGUCUGCCAUUGCCCACUGGGAUUGGCCUGAAGCCUGGCCCCAACUCUUCAAUCUGCUUAUGGAAAUGUUGGUGAGCGGAGACUUAAAUGCUGUCCAUGGAGCCAUGCGUGUGUUGACAGAGUUUACUCGAGAAGUGACAGACACACAGAUGCCACUUGUUGCUCCUGUCAUUCUCCCAGAGAUGUAUAAGAUAUUCACCAUGGCCGAGGUGUAUGGUAUUCGAACUCGUUCCCGAGCAGUGGAGAUUUUUACUACUUGUGCUCAUAUGAUCUGUAACAUGGAGGAACUGGAAAAGGGCGCAGCCAAAGUUCUGAUCUUCCCCGUGGUGCAGCAGUUCACAGAGGCCUUUGUUCAGGCGCUCCAGAUGCCGGAUGGCCCCACAUCUGACAGUGGUUUUAAGAUGGAGGUUCUGAAGGCAGUGACAGCCUUGGUGAAAAACUUCCCAAAGCACAUGGUGUCCUCCAUGCAACAGAUCCUGCCCAUUGUUUGGAACACUCUAACUGAAAGUGCUGCCUUUUAUGUGAGGACAGAAGUGAAUUACACAGAGGAAGUGGAAGAUCCUGUGGAUUCUGAUGGAGAAGUCCUGGGCUUUGAAAACCUCGUCUUUAGCAUUUUUGAAUUUGUCCAUGCCCUACUGGAAAACAGUAAAUUCAAAAGCACAGUUAAAAAAGCUUUGCCUGAGCUCAUUUACUACAUCAUCCUGUACAUGCAGAUCACGGAGGAGCAGAUUAAAGUGUGGACAGCUAACCCACAGCAGUUUGUAGAAGAUGAGGAUGACGACACAUUCUCCUACACUGUUAGGAUCGCCGCUCAAGACUUGUUGCUGGCUGUGGCCACAGAUUUCCAGAAUGAGAGUGCAGUGGCCCUGGCUACUGCAGCCACUCGGCAUUUACAAGAAGCGGAGCAGACAAAAGCCAGUGGCACUGAGCACUGGUGGAAGAUCCACGAGGCCUGCAUGCUUGCUCUAGGCUCUGUGAAGUCUAUCAUCACUGACAGUGUGAAAAAUGGCAGGAUCCAUUUUGAUAUGCAUGGGUUCCUGACCAAUGUCAUCCUUGCGGACCUCAACCUGUCAGCAUCUCCUUUCCUCUUGGGCCGGGCCCUGUGGGCUGCCAGUCGCUUCACUGUCGCUAUGUCCCCUGAACUGAUUCAGCAGUUCCUACAGGCAACAGUUAGUGGUCUUCAUGAGACACAGCCCCCAUCAGUUCGCAUCUCUGCUGUGAGAGCCAUCUGGGGUUACUGUGAUCAACUGAAAGUGUCAGAGAGCACACAUGUGCUGCAGCCCUUCCUGCCCAGCAUCCUUGAUGGCCUCAUUCACCUCGCAGCCCAGUUCAGCUCAGAGGUCCUCAACCUGGUGAUGGAGACCCUGUGCAUUGUUUGUACUGUCGACCCAGAAUUCACAGCAAGCGUGGAAAACAAAAUCUGCCCCUUCACCAUCGCCAUUUUCCUUAAGUACAGUAAUGAUCCUGUUGUCGCCUCACUGGCUCAGGACAUCUUCAAGGAAUUGUCCCAGAUUGAAGCCUGUCAAGGUCCAAUGCAGAUGAGACUGAUUCCCACUCUGGUCAGCAUAAUGCAGGCUCCAGCGGACAAGAUCCCUGCAGGGCUCUGUGCGACAGCCAUUGAUAUCUUGACUACAGUCGUUCGAAAUACAAAGCCUCCCCUGUCCCAACUCCUCAUCUGCCAAGCUUUCCCUGCUGUGGCACAGUGCACCCUUCACACGGACGACAAUGCCACCAUGCAGAAUGGUGGUGAGUGCUUGCGGGCCUAUGUGUCAGUGACACUGGAACAGGUAGCCCAGUGGCAUGACGAGCAAGGCCACAAUGGACUAUGGUACGUGAUGCAAGUAGUGAGCCAGCUCCUUGACCCACGAACCUCAGAGUUUACUGCAGCCUUUGUGGGUCGCCUGGUCUCCACCCUCAUCUCCAAGGCAGGGCGGGAGCUUGGUGAGAAUCUGGACCAGAUUCUCCGUGCCAUCCUCAGUAAGAUGCAGCAGGCAGAGACACUUAGUGUCAUGCAGUCGCUCAUCAUGGUGUUUGCUCAUCUGGUGCACACUCAGCUGGAACCUCUGUUGGAGUUCCUAUGUAGCCUCCCAGGACCAACUGGGAAGCCUGCCCUGGAGUUUGUGAUGGCUGAGUGGACGAGUCGGCAGCACCUGUUCUAUGGACAGUAUGAAGGCAAAGUUAGCUCUGUGGCACUAUGUAAACUGCUUCAGCAUGGCAUCAAUGCAGAUGACAAGCGGCUACAAGAUAUUCGUGUGAAGGGAGAAGAGAUCUACAGCAUGGAGGAGGGCAUCCGCACCCGCUCUAAGUCAGCCAAAAACCCGGAGCGCUGGACGAACAUUCCUCUGUUGGUCAAGAUUCUGAAGCUGAUCAUCAACGAGCUCUCCAACGUCAUGGAAGCCAACGCUGCUCGCCAGGCCACCCCCGCUGAGUGGAGCCAAGAUGAUUCCAAUGAUAUGUGGGAGGACCAGGAGGAAGAGGAAGAGGAGGAAGAGGAUGGUUUAGCUGGCCAGCUUUUAUCUGACAUUCUUGCUACAAGUAAAUAUGAGGAGGAUUACUAUGAAGACGAUGAGGAAGAUGACCCUGAUGCCCUGAAGGAUCCUCUCUAUCAGAUUGACCUGCAGGCGUAUCUCACAGACUUCCUUUGCCAGUUUGCUCAGCAGCCCUGUUACAUAAUGUUUUCAUGCCACCUUAACGACAACGAGAGGCGGGUCCUACAGACUAUCGGCAUCUAAAAAGGAGAGUCUUCAGCCUGUGCUCCCUCUCCUGGCUCAGCCACAGACCAUUCUACAGCCCUCUCCGGCCUUGAGUUGCACUUGUUCUCAGCCUGGAGUGGCUUCUGGCCCUCGGCCUCUACAGUGACACUGACACUCAGCCCUUGCUUACCAGGGCUGGCAUUUUAAAAGCUAAAGCAAAGAACAUUUAUCAAAGUCCUGUGAAGAUACCCUAGAUCUGGAACUGUCUUUCUCCUCAGCUGCCCCCUUCAUUCUUAGCAUCCUCUGUUGGCCAGACCAGAGACAGUGAUACCCGGGACAUGGGUUCCUAAUUAUUCUGCCCCACCUCAGGAGCACAGGAAGUCAUUACCAUUAAUAUUCAGAAACAUACCUGUUUGGUUUCAUAGGACAUCUGCUGUAUUCAGAUAGGAGCCCCGUGAGAGAUCAUUUGCUUUCUGCCCUCGGCCAGUGAUGCUCUAGGUGUUCAGUAAGAACAAGCUGGAGCAGCCACAUAGUAAGCCAUUUCCAGUAAACUCACCUUCAUGCUUUCCUCAUGCAACACUAAGGGUCCUCCGUCAAAGGCUCCAUCUUCCUGACUUUGCUUCAUUGCAUGACACAGCCCCUCCCCCAGGCUGUUCCUAUAUAUACAUGCAUACACAAAGCAAGCCAGACAGAUGGCAAGUUGUUUUUUUUUUUUUUUAGAAAAAAAAAAUCAGGAAAAAGAUUUUUAUUUCUAAAUCUGCCUGACCCAUCUAUAUUUAAUAUGCCUCUUCUGCACAUAACACAAAGUCUGAUAUUCAAAGGCAUCCCCAUCCCUCAGGAAUCCUCUAGAGUGGUUGAGUUGUAGCCCUCGAAUUUGCAACAUGUAUUUUUCUAGGACAGUAAAGCAAUCUUUACAAAUGAAUUUAGUCUGCAUACUCUAAGGUGUCUCAACACCUCUACCUUCCGUUUCUGCCCUCGAGAAGCAAAGUAAAAACAGAAGAAAGCAGAGCAUAUUUUGGCAUCCUACUGUGAUUUGGCGAGCAGCUCAGAAAUCUUAGAGAACUGGUAUUUUUCAUCCAAAUAUGUUUAAAGAGCCAGUGGUACAGCAUGCGGAUGGCCCUGGGUUCAGUCCCCAGUACUACAGAAAUAAGGGGCAUCCCGCAGUGGGUUUCCUCGCAUUGUGAGUUGAGAAUGGGUGAAGAUGAAGAGCAGAGUAGUUGUCCCAUGUUCCCUUUGUCUGGUAUUGCCCAGGUCUGCUGCUCCAUUUUUAAUAGCCGGACCUUUUUCUUUGGGGUGAUGCUCUAACAAAAAGGAAAAGGGAUGUAGCGGUAACUUGAGUUCCGCUAAAACAGAAGGGUAACCGGGUAGCCUUAGUGCUCAGCCUUGAGUUCAGAAGCACUAACUAUAAGGUUCCGCUUUUAUUUGUAAGAGCCUAAGAAAGUGUGUAGUUGUUGUCUAGCUGGCAGUCUGCAGACCAGUAUUGCCUCUGCCCUUGCUGCUUUUUCUCCUGAAGCUGAAGUUCCUGCCCAGUGGUGCCCAGAAUACCACAGUAGGAGCUUUGGAACCUCGUUCCAUAGUUGACCUCAGAGCCAACUGGAUUUGGUGCUAAAAACAGUAGACCAUUCCACAUGAUUAAGUUGUCUAAUGGUUUUGACACAUUAGAAUGGUACCAGGUUAGCAGCAUUGGCCUGCUGAAUUUGAGGAAGCUUGGAGACCCCAGUUUAUAUUCCGACAGUGAUGUGGGUUCAUUCUAAGCCUGUACAUUAGAACAGUUCCCAAUGUGUAGUGCCAAAAUAAGUCCAAAAGGCCUGUCCUGUCCUCAUGCUUCACUUUUGGUAGGAGGGCUAAGCUCCUGGCUUAGGAAAACUUGAAAAACAGGUUCCUAGGAAGCUAUCCUGGCCAACAUAAGUAACCAGUUGGAAGUGUAGGGGCUUCUGCACCUUGAUGGACAGAUCUUGUGUUCUCAGAGCAUUAAAUUCUACAACACAGUGAAACCUCCCGUACUGCUGAGAGGCUAUUCCUAAGAGCAAGGGGAAAGUUCUGUUGGUGACUGUCAGUGUGACAAAGUUGAACUCUGGCUCGUGUCUUGUCUCCUACGAAAGCCAACUUCAUUUGGGAAAGGGGUGAGGCGGACUGUUGGAAGACUAAGAAAAGCCCAGUGAGCUCAUGAGAGAGGUGUGGCUCCCCAUGAUGAAAGGUUUCCAGGUCGGGGGUGAAACACUGGAAAGCCAAAAAACAGAUAAGAAAGGGAGUUGUUCCACAAAUCCCUGACUAAGAAGCGUGAGCCUACAGCAGGUGGUUCAAAAGCAGAUGAGUAGCAGCAGAGAGAGCAGUGGCUGGGGCUCGGAUGGCCACUGUGAGCUAAGAGCUAAAGUGGCAAACUAAUGGAAGCAAGCUUCGGCUCUUGGUAGCCUUUCCAAAUACCCCGGAGAAGUAACGUGAGCACUGACUAGCCAGGCUACCAGCCAGCCCUUUGUGGGAGAACUGGGGUGGUAGAUGAGUGGAUUUACUUAUGCCAAGAAGCUUGAAGCCAUUUGCAAAAGAAACUGACCUAAACAAGGAAAGAAUGCUCAUCGAAUUGUAGAUGCCAGGAAACCCCUAGGAAGGGUGACAUUUAGGAUCUAAGUAGAUCAAGUCCUAAGAAAAGGAGAUUGGCAACAGUAUCAGGAAGAUUGAAGAUUUGGAGUACUGUGUGCCUCAUUAAAAAUACUGAAGGUUAGAAACACUCCAGCGUGGGCCCAGGUUAUGGUCUAAGAUACUGCAGAUUGUCCUCCACCUCUGUCCCUCUCAGUGAUCCUGACCAAUGACAGUACUCUGUAAAAGGACAACCAAGGCCUAAACUGUCUAGGGGAAGCUGUGACAUGGCUGAGAAGGCUGCGCUCAGGACAGCACCUCAGCACGUAUGGGUUUUGUUCAUCGACAAGCACUGCACUGUGCCAGCCCAGCAGGCAGACCAGCUGUGCCUGAGUACAGAAUAAAAGAUGCAUUUCUGGCU